GACGAGCUCUCUUUCUUCUCCGAUUAGAUCCCGUGAGAAGAACUCAAAGACUCUAGGGUUUUCUCUGGGAUUCAAUUGACUGUUUUAGAUAAUCGUAAGAAAGUAAUCGAUGAUACUAUUGCAGUCACAUUCAAGGUUUCUUCUUCAAACGCUAUUGACGCGAGCUCAAAAUCUUGAUAAAGCAGUGGAGCUAGAUUAUCAAUGGAUUGAAUUUGAUGAUGUUCGUUACCAUGUUCAGGUGACAAUGAAGAAUCCAAAUCUCUUGUUGCUUUCGGUUUCGUUACCGAAUCCACCACCUGAAGCAAUGUCCUUUGAUGGACUUCCUUUAGGAGCUAUAGAAGCUAUUAAAACCACUUAUGGGACGGGUUUUCAAAUACUUGAUCCUCCAAGAGAUGGUUUUAGUUUAACCUUGAAGCUCAAUUUCUCUAAAGUUCGUCCAGAUGAAGAGUUAUUAACGAAGCUAGCUUCCAUUAGAGAAGUUGUGAUGGGUGCGCCGUUAAAAAUCAUUUUCAAGCAUUUAGCUUCAAGAACGGUUGCUCCUGAGCUGGAUAGGCUUGUAGCAAUUAUGCAUAGACCUAACGAGACAUUUUUCCUCGUGCCUCAGGCGGAUAAAGUCACUGUGGCAUUUCCUAUGAGAUUUAAAGACUCCGUAGACACAAUUCUAGCGACUUCUUUCCUAAAGGAAUUUGUAGAGGCGAGGCGUGCUGCUGCACUUAAUACUGCUCCUUCUUGUUCAUGGUCUCCAACCGCACCGCAGGAAUUAGAAGGAGCUCCUAAAGAAACACUAUCCGCUAAUGCCGGUUUUGUAACUUUUGUCAUUUUUCCUCGGCAUGUGGAAGGGAAAAAGCUCGAUCGUACUGUCUGGAAUUUGUCAACCUUUCAUGCUUAUGUUAGUUACCACGUCAAGUUCUCAGAGGGAUUUAUGCACACCAGGAUGCGGCGUCGCGUGGAAUCUAUGAUUCAGGCUCUGGAUCAAGCUAAGCCAUUGGAGAAAACAAGAUCGAUGAACAACAAGUCAUUUAAACGGCUAGGACUCAACGAUGCCAAUCACACCAACUCGAAGUAGUUUGAUUUCUCACAAAGCAAUUUUGUAAAAACUUGUGAGUAGCUGAGACAUGUUUUUUGUACUGGAUUCAGUCUCUGUGAUAUUUAUUUUUAGUACAAUUCUUUCAGAUAUUUCUAUACAUCUGAUCCUGCGAAAUAUUUGAACAAAUGUAUAAUGUGAAAAUUGUAAGAAAUUCACCUUGAUAUGGACUGUGUCUGGUCUUAAUCUAAACAGAAAUAAAGAUUAUUUUUGUUU